GGUGUCCGCCUAUCAGUCUCCCAGCCAAACACACGUGGAUUUCCACGAACACAAAUCAGAAACAAACAACACCAUGGCUUAUCAGGGACUCGAAUACGACGGAUGCAAUUUCUUCAGACAGAGACUAGUGUUGUCUACCCUAAGUGGGAAAAGGGUUAAGAUAAAAAAUAUUAGAUCCAAAGACGACAACCCGGGGCUUCGCGAUUUUGAAGCCAGCUUCAUCAGGCUCUUGGACAAAGUGACGAAUGGCACCAGAAUAGAGAUUAACCAAACAGGCACUUCUUUAUUUUACCAGCCUGGCUUGUUGUAUGGAGGUGUUGUAGACCAUGACUGUAACCCACAACGUUCCAUUGGAUAUUAUCUGGAGGCCUUGCUGUUGCUGGCACCAUUUAUGAAAAGUCCCUUGAAGGCGACACUGAAGGGAGUGACCAAUGACCCUACGGAUCCCUCGGUUGACUUGCUAAAGUCUGCAGCCCUCCCUGUGAUGAAAAAAUUUGGCAUUGAAGGGGAGGGUAUGGAUCUUAAGGUGGUGAAGAGAGGGAUGGCCCCUGAUGGAGGAGGAGAAGUAGUCUUUACCUGUCCUGUUCGUAGGACCAUCCGGCCAGUCCAGCUUACUGAUGCAGGCAAGAUAAAGCGGAUCAGAGGAGUAGCAUACUCGGUGCGAGUUUCCCCCCAGAUGGCCAGCCGGAUUGUGGAAUCAGCCAGAAGCAUCCUCAACAAUUUCAUUCCAGAUAUCUACAUUUACACUGAUCACAUGAAAGGGACCAGCUCCGGAAAGUCUCCAGGCUUCGGUCUGACAUUAGUAGCAGAGACACUGCAGGGGUGCUUCCUCAGCGCUGAGAUGUCGUCCACACCCAAGGGACAGGGGGACCCCGUGCUGCCGGAGGACUUAGGCAGAAACUGUGCCAAGCUGCUUUUGGAGGAGAUAUACAGGGGUGGUUGUGUCGAUUCGACCAAUCAGAGCCUUGCACUGCUCCUCAUGAUCCUGGGCCCACAAGACGUGUCCAAGGUGCUGCUCGGACCCCUCUCUCCAUACACGAUUGAGUUCCUCAGACAUAUCCAAGAUUUCUUCCAGGUCAUGUUCAAGAUAGAGACACAGAAGCCUUCAGAAGAUGAGAGGAAGGGUGGAGACAAAGUCUUGAUGACUUGUGUAGGAGUAGGUUACAGCAACAUUAAUAAAGCCAUCAAAUAAAGA